CUUUCAGUUGAACUUGGACUUGGUACGGAGAAGACGCGCGUCUCAGACAAAUGCGGGCCCAGACUCAGACUCCGACCGCGUAAUGGGUGUUGUGGUUUUCGUAUUGUUCUGUCUGUAAUCCACGCCGAGUGCAAGCAGUGCGCGACGUAGUAGUGCACCGUGCUACGGAUAUCGGAGCAGUGGUCCGAGGACAUUCAUUCAGUACAUGUCCUUGAAUCGAAGGAUUCCGAAGGUUACGUUGCACGUCAUCAAGGCCAAGGGAAGUGAUUCGUGUACUUAGUCUUUAGCCCUUUGUCGGCAUUGUUUAUGUCACAGUGCGAGUACGGAUUUUUGCAAGGAAAGAUUAUCCGGAGCGCUUCCUCCCUUUUAACGCAAACGACUUGCCGCAGCACGUAAUCCCGUGGCUGACGUAAAUACCCUGUUCUGGUUGUCUCGUUGCGCGUUCUACUGACUUAAAUCCCAGAAUCAUCUUCGGCUGCAGCAAACAACAAGAGCCAGCAUUCUUGGGACCGCGUCGGAGACAUUCUAGAAUAGUGGAUCACGCCGACAGCGGAGUUGGGAAGCAGACGGCAACUGUGACGGGUCUACCCUGACCUUGAAACGAGCGGCGAAGAAAACGAGUCACAACACAAAAUAGCAACAAAAACAGCACCGACGGCAACAACAAACUGGCCAGUGGAGCAAGUGUAUUUCUCGAUUCGACUUCAUUGUUCUCCCCGUUCCCGCCGCGGUUUUCCCUGCAUGCUACCCGGAAUUUUCGCUUUUCGGGCAGCUCUUUUAGAGCAGAGAGACCGCGACCGCGUAGACAUCGAUGACGUAAUGCAAACGCAUCCGCGCUUGAUAUGUGCAGUUAAUGGCAGACGAUCUGCAUUCGACGGCGAGUGUGUAUGCGGUGCCGGGAAAUGUGGAAAUGAUUGAGAAAUUCAAGUGCAGAUAAUGGAAAAGUGAUUUGUCGUUGCCCGUUAUUUCGGUAGUUUUGCAGGCUGUAAUUGCACGCCUGACGAGUGAUAAAACUGCAUCUCUGAAACGGAAAACGAAUUUCCCGACAGUGCAAACUGAUUUUCAUGCUAUUUUAUUCUCGAUAAAAUGCUUUGAAGUUCGCCGAUUACGAUCACGAAAAAUCUCAGUGCUUACUGCGUCUUAAGAAAAGAGAAAUGUGCAAAAUGUGAUUGGAGGAAUUAUUUUUCAAUAAAUAAAAUCCUGUUUAAUUACUUUAUCGAAUAAAAAAUGUGACUCUUACGUGAAGCAUUUACUUUCGACUUUUUAGUGAUCAGUGGAAGUGUGAUCAGUGUAAAAUGGUGUAAAAAGUAUUGUUCGAUUUUUUUUAAGUGCAUUAGCUAGAUAACGCAAAAUGUUGAAAAAGGAGAAGCCCAUGUUGUCCGUUGAAGCCCUUAUACAGGCACAAGGGAAGCAAUGGAAUCGAGCUUUUGCAGACCAGCCAUUUGGGCAUCUCGGGCCUAUAUCACCACAAGAGAUGAAACCGGAUAUCUCACUGCUAAACGGUAACAGUACAGGGAGCUUCUCUCCUGGACCAGGAAGUCCAGGUCCAUAUGUUAACAUCAACAGCAGUUUAGGUUUGAACGCAUCCGCAGCGGGUUCACCAGGAACACCACAGAAUCGAGGUCAAUAUCCACCAAAUCAUCCUCUAAGCGGGUCAAAGCAUUUAUGUGCGAUUUGUGGUGACCGAGCUAGUGGCAAACACUAUGGCGUAUAUAGCUGUGAAGGUUGCAAAGGAUUCUUCAAACGUACCGUGCGAAAAGAUUUAACAUAUGCAUGUCGAGAAGAUAAGAAUUGCACAAUUGAUAAACGACAACGGAAUCGAUGUCAAUACUGCAGAUACCAAAAAUGUUUAACAUGUGGAAUGAAACGCGAGGCUGUGCAGGAAGAGCGACAACGGGGCGCCAAAUUACCAAUGAAGAAUGAUGAUCUGAAUCCAACCAGUUCUGUUCGGGAUUUAACGAUCGAGAAGCUCAUCGAAGCGGAAGAUUACUCCGAGACACGAUGUGGCGAUAAAGCCAUUCCAUAUCUGCGGGUAGCUUCCAAUUCCACGGUGCCAAAUGAUUAUAAGGGUCCUGUUUCGCAUCUUUGUCAAAUGGUCAACAAACAGCUGUACCAAAUGGUGGAGUACGCAAGACGAACUCCACAUUUCAAUCAAUUGCAAACCGAGGAUAAAGUAGCUCUACUGAAGGCGGGCUGGAAUGAACUGCUGAUUGCAAAUGUGGCUUGGCGUAGUAUAGAAUAUCUAGAUAUAGAGUCACCAAAUCCAGACGGAACAGUGGAUCGUCGCACGACAAUUCGGCAACCGCAGCAGAUGUGUCUGGGUCCGAAUUUCACGCUGCAUCGAAAUAGUGCAAUUCAAGCUGGUGUCGCUCAAAUUUUCGAUCGCAUCUUGGUCGAAAUGAGUGUGAAAAUGAAACGAUUGAAUCUCGAUAGAGCUGAGUUGACUUGCUUACGGGGAAUAAUUUUAUUUAAUCCAGAUAUUCGUGGACUGAAAUGUCGACAAGAAGUUGAUAUUUGCAGAGAAAAGAUUUACGCUUGUUUGGAUGAGCAUUGUCGUAGCGAACAUCCUGGUGAUGAUGGCCGCUUCGCUCAGUUGCUACUUCGGUUACCUGCGCUGCGUUCGAUUAGCUUAAAAUGCCUGGAUCAUUUAUUCUAUUUCCGGUUGAUUGGUGAUAAACAGUUAGACACAUUUUUGGAGGAAGCCUUGGACACUCCGCUUUGCUAAUUUAAGAAAAAGAUUCUGUUGAUUUGCAUAAUCUUUAGGUUUGGAACUCAAACGUAACUGUUUUUGUUUGAUUUUGAAAGCAGUUUAAGAUUAUUAAAAUAUUUAACAUGCAGAAGAGUAUGUACUUUUAUUAACUUUUUAUGGUUGGAAAAAUAUUGUAAUGAUAUAUCUUAUAUUGAACUAAUCGUUUUCUAAAUGUUACUUUUAUAAAUUUAGUCUUAAUUUUUCUUGAUGAAGAGAAAGUCAAAGAUAUUCCCAUUGAUUAAGCGUAUAUGUAAGAUAAAAAAUAUACGAAAUUACAACAUAAAAUAUUAGUUUUAAGCUAACUUUUACAUUGAAUGGGAUAACAACAUACACAUGUUAGUUCCAGUAUGAUCUUCUUUUCUUCUUUGUGGCAUGUGUCAAGUUUUUUAGCCCAGAAACGCGAAAGGCAAUUCACAUAAUCGCAACGAACCGAAACCUUGACAAUGUCCAUUUUCCUGAACUAUUAGACAGUUUUCCAAAGAACCUAUCACAGAACUUCGUACCAAGUGUGUAUGUAGUUUGUCCACGCCUAAGGGAGUUUAUAACCAGAAUUAUGUAAAAUAAAUUUAAAUAUGUGAUAUAUAUUCUUUUGUUAGGGAAUCGUUUGCAUUUUGUAAAUUUGGUAAAUCUAAACUCUCUUCGCAUCUGUUUUUACGCGGGAAUUAGGUAAUUUUCAAAAGCUAUUAGCAUCAUUUCAUUAUUGCACGUCUAAACGAAAUCAAAACUGAUCAUUAAAAAUUUUACUUUAAGUCUUCAAUGUGAAUAAGUGCACGUCUUGCUCGCUGGGUUGCAGACCCGGCUCCAGAUAAAUUUAAACGAAUCGGCAUACUUUUGGAUUAUUAAAAUGAACUUUUUUUAUGAGUUCUUAAUCCGACUUUUACGACUAAAUACAAUGUGAACCUGUACAUAGACAAUUGAAUCAACCAUUACUAUAGUAGAAAAAUGUACGCAUUUUAGAACCCCAUUUUCAAUAGAUUUAAACACUAUAACAAAUAUUCCACUAUUUAAAUAAAUUUUAGGGAAAAUAGAUACCAAUAUGGUGUAUAUAUUAUAUUGAGAAACAAAACGGGAAUAUAUCGAAAGAAAUUUAACAUGUAACUUAUGAAGAACAAACUGAAGAGUAUCACUGAUGAGUGUAGAUUAAAAUCAAUUGCAAAAUGUGAAAGAAUGAAAUCUAUUGUUGGAUAACCAUUUUUAUGACAAGCGAUGUGCGAACGUAUGAAAUGUUUAGAAGAGAUAUUUAAGUGAAUCUAUUUUUUAUUACAAUAUAUUUGCAUUCUACUCGAGUUUAGUUAAUCUAUUAUUGUAGAAUUUUAACUAUAUAAUAUAUGUUUAAUAAAAUAAUGUUACAUAAGCUC